GAUACGCCGCAGCCGGCCCAGUGCGAGCACGGCCUCCCAAGAGAGCGCAGCCUCACGACCCCGCGAUCAACACGCACGGAACACGCACGCGAUGGCGGCAACCGACGAACUUAGCGGCAUACUCUCCCGGAGACAAGAAAUCAACGAAAAACUCGAGGAGGGACUCGAGAUCAAACCCAAAUACAGAUUCGUCAAUGUCUACACGGAAUUUCACGAGUUCUCCAGGAAAGAAAUAAAACAAUACGAGUUGACCUUCAACAAGUUCGAUGAAGGCCACGACGGUUUCCUAGACCUGACGGAGGUGAAGCGCAUGAUGGAGCGGCUCGGCGCGCCGCAGACGCACCUCGGGCUCAAGGCCAUGAUCGCUGAGGUCGACGAGGACCAGGACAGCAGGAUCAGCUUCAGGGAGUUCAUGCUUAUCUACAGGAAAGCGCGAGCGGGCGAGCUCGAGAACAACUCCGGGCUGGAGGCGCUGGCGCGGCUCACCGAGAUCGACGUCGACCAGGUCGGCGUCAACGGCGCCAAGAACUUCUUUGAGGCCAAGAUUGAGGAGCUGGCUAAGACCAACAAGUUCCACGACGAAAUAAUCCAAGAGCAGGAGGAAAAACGAAGAGAGGCAGAAGAAAAAGCCGCCCGGAGACUCAAAUUUAAGGAAAAAGCGGCCCUAUUUCAACAUUAACAAAACACCAAAUUACUGAGCAAUGUCUAGUCCGUAAGCUGUUACCAUGGCUUAUAACUUCGAAGAUCUACAAACUAUUUAACUAAGUCUUGUUUAGAUGAAUUUUAGAUUCUAUUGUAUCUACACUUCUGUUGCUUUUUCAAGGUUUAUGUAACUUUACUAUUUACCUACAAAUUGAUUGUAAUGAUCAAUUUAAAUAUACUAUAGUUAGUCUUAAAUAUUUAUGUAUUAAGAACUGUGUAAAAUUAAUAAGUGUCAAUGUCUAUGCCUAAUUAAGUUAAUGUUCGGUAGUAAAAAUAUAUAUUAUAAAUGUUUUGAUGAAAAGUAUAUUUAUAAUGUGGUAUGUGUCUGCAUCGCUAAACUUAAGUGGCAGUGGGCGGGGCACAUUGCCCGUAGAACCGAUGGCCGUUGGGGCGGAAAGGUUCUCGAGUGGCGACCACGUAAAGGCGCAGCGUGGGUAGACCCCCCACAAGGUGGACUGAUGACCUGGUGAAGGUCGCGGGAUGCGGGUGGCGCAAGACCCGUCAUAGUGGCACUCUUUGGGGGAGGCCUAUGUCCAGCAGUGGACGUCCUCUGGCUGAUAUGAUGAUGAUGAUGUGUUUGCAUGUUGCCUUGUAUGUUUACAUUAGGAUAGAAGAUUUUUUAUACUUAACUUACUUAUUGAUGGUUGAAAGUGAUGUUUAUGAAUUAUGUGUUAAGGUUGUUUGAAUAAAACGUAUAAAGUAUUA